CUGCACAGAGAGGAGGCAGUGCUGCUCCAGUCACUCGUCUCAUUGCAUGUGCCUCGCACACUCUCCAAGCCUCUCCUGCACAUGCAAACCAAAGCUACCAGGGACGGCCAGCCUGGGAUCAGCAGCUGCAAGCCGGGAACCCUCUCCUCCUCUCCGGCUUCUUACAGAGUUCCUUUGGGAAGACAUGAAGUGACAUUUCCUACUUGGUGCCAGGACCCCUUCGCGCCAACCUCCCGGGGAAUCUUUACAGAUAUCUUCGACUUGGCAAAGGCCAACGUAACGGCAAUGGAUCUGCACCGGGCUGCCUUUAAGAUGGAGAACACUUCCUUCAUGCCCAAUCCGCUGACGUCGCCGGCCUUGAUGGUCCUGGCUUCCACCGCCGAAGCCAGCCGGGACGCCUCCAUCCCUUGCCAACAGCCCAGACCCUUCGGGGUGCCGGUGUCGGUGGACAAGGAAGUACACAUCCCGUUUACCAAUGGCUCCUACACCUUUACCUCCAUGUACCAUCGCCAGGGCGGCGUCCCCGGGGGGUUUUCCAACCGUGACUUUCCCCCUUCCUUACUCCACCUCCACCCCCAGUUCGCCCCUCCGAACUUAGACUGCUCCUCGAUCAGCAUGCUGAACCACAGCGGGGUGGGCGCCUUCCGGCCCUUCACCUCCCCCGAGGAGCGGGAGAGCUACCAGUCCGCCUUCACCCCGGCCAAGCGGCUGAAGAGCUGCCACGACAACGAGUCUCCGCACCUGCGCUUUUCUGACGCCGACGGGAAGGAGUACGAAUUCGGGACCCAGAUCCCGACGGGCUCCCCGGGGGGACUUAAAGUGGACGAUGCUGGGAAAAAACUGUUUGCCGUCUCCGGCCUCAUCUCAGACCGGGAAACGUCUUCGAGCCCGGAGGACCGCAUGGAGAGGUGUAAGAAGAAGGUCGCGCUGUUUGACAGCCAGGCGCCGAUCUGUCCGAUAUGUCAGGUGCUACUGCGUCCCGGAGAGUUACAGGAACACAUGGAGCAGGAGCUGGAGAAAGUACUGCAGGUCAACUUAAGUAAGAAUGUCAUACAGAAGGACGGCAUGGCUCCCGGCACACCAAAGUCAAUGUUGUUAUCGGCUUCUAUCAAGCGGGAAGGGGAAUCGCCAACGGCUUCGCCGCACUCCACAGACGACAUCCACCAUUCGGACAGAUACCAGACUUUCCUGAGGGUGAGAGCCAACCGACAGACCCGGCUGAAUGCACGGAUUGGGAAGAUGAAACGGCGAAAGCAAGAUGAGGGACAGGUAUGUCCGCUCUGCAGUCGGCCGUUGUCUGGAUCGGAGGAGGAGAUGAGUAGACAUGUGGAACUGUGUCUGGCUAAGAGGGAGUCCAGCAUGAAUGAAGAUGACUCUGUAGACAUUGAGAAUGAGAACGGUCAUCGGUUUGAAGAGUACGAAUGGUGCGGGCAGAAGAGGAUUCGAGCCACGACCCUUCUGGAAGGUGGAUUCCGGGGUUCCGGUUUUAUCAUGUGCAGCAGUAAAGAAACGCACGACAGCGACGCCGACUUGGACGUUGAUGGCGAUGACACACUGGAAUACGGCAAAGCACAGUACACGGAAGCCGACAUCAUCCCAUGUACUGGGGAGGAGCCUGGAGAAGCCAGGGAGCGGGAGGCACUUCGAGGAGCCGUGUUAAAUGGUGGGACGCCCAGCACCAGAGUAACAACAGAAUUCUCCAAGUGGGCCAGUGAUGAAAUGCCAUCGACGAGUAACGGGGAGAACAGUAAACUGGAGGCCAUGCAGAAAACAUGCAAGAACAGCGACAUAGAAAAGAUCACAGAAGAGUCCACGGUGACAACGUUUGAAGCAUUAAAGGCACGUAUCCGGGAGUUGGAAAGACAGCUCUCCCGGGGGGACCGCUACAAAUGCCUCAUUUGCAUGGAUUCGUACACAAUGCCCCUGACGUCCAUUCAGUGCUGGCACGUGCACUGCGAGGAAUGCUGGCUGCGCACUUUGGGUUGUUCUCGCGCCACAAAUUCACCCGCCCAGCGAAUUCAGCAUUGUCCUGCUGUGAUCCGCUUCCACAGUCCGACACCGCCAUCUUCUUCUUCUCUGACAUCAUCGAGAGCCGGCGCUCUCUUCCACAUUCAGCAGCCGGUCCUGAUGACACGCCUUCAGGGAGCGAAGAAGUUGUGUCCGCAAUGUAACACCAUCACAUCACCUGGGGACUUGAGACGCGUCUACUUGUGAAAGCCGUGUGAAGAGGGACUGACACCGCUCCGGCCUCCCACACUCCGCUGGUCCCUACCUUCCUCCCCACCCCCCCCACCUUGUUUGUCCUCACACCUUCUCCUUCCCGGAGGCCGAGGCCCAAAAUGUGACAGAGGGACAUUCGGAAGCUCAAAGACACUUUAAUAGACUUUAUUAUGGAGAAAAUAAAUUAUAAGAGGAAGAAAAAACGGACAUUUCCUGAAAGACUGAACUCUUGUGGCUUCCACGUCCUCACUUCCUUCCUUCCAUUAGCACUAACGGGGGAGAGACCGCAAACCCAGCCCACCGCGCCGCUCUCCACCUUUUCUCUUCUCCCUGUUCCUGCUGCUGAUUUUAACCCCUAAACAGCGAAUUAUAGGCGGAGCCGAGGACUUGCUAUCCAGACAGUUUUGUUUACACCUCCUCCUUCCCCCCACGAGCCCGCCUCCCCCCACGGAGUCCACACCCCUCCCCCAGUUCUGUCCUGCGUGUGACCGCAGACUCGCCAGAAGCAGCGAUGGAACCUUGUACAGACCCCUCCCCCUCCGAUCGUCCGCAUUCUUUUUAUGAACUUCAUGUUUUUUUUGUUUUUUUCCCCAUUUUGUGCUGUUUUGUGAUAUAUUUUUUUAACUGUAAAUUAAGCAGGGAAAAGAAGAAAAAGGAGAAAUGCGAAGCACAUGUAAUAUAAGUUAUAUGUUUACAAUGUUGUGUAUAAAUGAAUAGCCUCAAAAAUG